AAUUAUUAUCAAAUAGGAACGGAAGGGAUAAAUAUAAGAAGAAAAUCCGAACCCUCGGUCAGGAAGAAGAAAGAAAGCAAAAGAGGCGAAGAGGGUUUCAACUUCGAAUCGCAGCUGAUCCGCAUUCCGUUCCAUUAGGGCUUCUUCUAAUCUUUCGCAUCCGCUAAUCAUCGAUUGAAGGUUUGAAUUGCGGAAGAGUGGGUGGGAAUGGAGAUACAGACGAGCGGGAAACCAAUUGACUCGUUAUUGGAGAAGGUGCUAUGUAUGAACAUUCUGUCUUCCGAUUACUUCAAGGAGCUUUACCGGUUGAAGACGUAUCACGAAGUUGUGGAUGAGAUUUACAAUCAAGUAGACCACGUCGAGCCGUGGAUGACUGGGAAUUGCCGAGGUCCUUCUACUGCAUUUUGCUUACUCUACAAGUUCUUCACCAUGAAACUCACCGUCAAGCAAAUGCACGGCCUCUUGAAGCACAAGGACUCUCCCUACAUUCGAGCGGUUGGGUUCCUCUACUUGAGAUAUGCUGCGGACCCGAAGACCAUUUGGAAUUGGGUUGAGCCCUAUAUUACAGAUGACGAGAAAUUCUCUCCAGGUUCCAAUGGACGAAUGACCACUAUGGGUGUAUAUGUGCGUGAUUUGCUACUUGGGCAGUACUACUUUGAUACACUUUUCCCUCGCAUACCUGUUCCUGUGUUGCGGCAGAUUACAGCUAAUCUUGAGAAGAUGAAACUCCCAACAAAACUCUCUGGUGUUACUGGGGAGGCUACCCGUCAUGGAUCUGAUGACACUGCCCGUCGCCCACCUUCUGUGAAAGCGGCACUUUCAGUCUCCUUUGGUCAACGUGCCCCACACCGUGCUUCGACGAGGGACUCAUCACCUGUUCGUCGAACUUUACCGCCACCGCCACCUUAUGAAAAAGCUAGCACUGAUGAUUUACGGAGCCGUCGUAGCCAGAGCCGUGAGUAUUCUGACAGAGACUAUUCGGACAGGGACAGGGACAGGGGAAGGGACCGGGAUCGGAAUCGGGAAAGAGACAGGGAUAGUGAUCGUGAUCGUGAACGAGAAAGGUACAAGGAACGGGAGAGGGGUCGAGAUAGAGACAGAUCAAGGGAUAGAGAACGAAGUUCUGAUUAUGAUAGGAGGUCAAGAUAUGCAGAGAGAGAAAGCCGGAGGGACUAUUAUGAGAGUAGCCGUGAUGGUGGUAGACAUUCCCGUAGGAGUAGGAGUCGAAGCCGCAGUAGAAGCAGGAGUAGGAGUCGGAGCUUGCAAGCUGGCACUGGUCCUCAUGUAAGCCCGCCGAGAGAUGUAAACAAGGAUAGAACAUCUGUAUCUAGCAAUCUGGCAAAACUUAGGGAUCUUUAUGGUGAUGUGAGUGUCCAAAAAGGGGAUACUAGUAUGGAUAGGAUUCCGAGGAGCGAUAACGGUGCUGAAGAGGUGAUUAGGCUUGGUGGUCACCGAUGGAAAUAGUACGAGGAGGUUUGUUUAUCUGUUAUCAGAUGUCUCAUUUGAGUCUUCUGGCCAUAUACUCCUGUGACCGGGGAAAGAAUGGAGCAAAUCUUCUCUCAUGUUUUAUGUCUGUCUGCAAAAGACAUUGAAAUGUAUUGAUGGAUGAUAUCCAUUGCAUCACCUUCAUGUCGCAGUGCUGCUGCCUGUAUACUAGACCUUAUUCAGAAUUUCAGUUUUGAAAUCUAUUCAUGCCUCAUUAUGGGGCAUAUGUCAAAGUUUGUAACAUUAAGAUAAAUGAUUGCUUAAUUUUCAGCUCUCUAUCAUCUGAAUUUUUCAAAUUGUUUCUGCUAAAUAUCAAAUGUUUCAUGGACUA